AUGGCCUCUCAUUUUAAAAUGACGCCGCCCAGGCUAGUCGUGAUCGUUAUCGUGACAACCUUGAGUUCUGCCCCGGUGAUUGCCGGGGAAGCGCCCCGCAUCGGCCCCAUGAAGAUUCCGGAUGACUUGAAAGAGGGCCAACGUUUGGCCAUUAUGUGUGCAGUUCUCGAAGGAGGUCAGCCGCUGUCAUUCACAUGGAGGAAGGAUGGCGUUCCGCUUGGUCCUCAGAUCGAUCUGAAAAUUCUCCAAAUGGACGAGUACCAAGAGCAACUGCAGAUUCUGAAGUUGUCCACGAAUCAUAUUGGAAACUACACAUGUGAGGUGAAGAACGCUUACGGGUCCGAUCACAUCUCUAUCCAAGUUUUGAUGAAGUUUCGCCCCGAAUGGCUCCUGUCCGGAGAGACAUCCCCAAUCGUCAGUUCUGCCGGAAGUCGAGCUACAGUGGAUUGCAGAUCGAAAGGAUACCCGAAACCAGAUAUCCACAUUAAGAAGGACCAGCUCGAUUUGAUUGUAUCAUCCGACAGACGGAACAUCAGAGACGGUCUUCUCGAAAUAGACAACGUCGGUUCUUCCGAUGGGGGCCUUUAUCAGUGCGAAGCGUCCAAUUCUAUCGGCUCCAUAUCCAAAUCAAUCAAACUCACCCUGAAGGACACCAGGGAGAUCGCACCGUCCGAGCGCAUCAGACUUUCGGACGGGAUAGUCCGAAUCGCCGCCAUAAGCUCACGGGACAAGGGAGAAUACGCUUGUGAAGCAUCAAACGCUCUGGGGAAAAUAACGAGGAGUAUUUCUGUUCAUCUAAGUGUUCCAGCACGUUUCAAGGAAAAGGCAUCUGUGGUCACUUCGAGGCGUUCAGAUACCACCAACCUGAAAUGCUACGCAGUCGGAGAUCAUCCAAUAUCUGUCGUGUGGUCCAAAGGCAACGUGAAACUGGACAAAAGAACAAGCUCGAGGUACGAGAUAAUCGAAUCAAUAACAACCGAUGGGAUGUCGUCGGAGCUGCGAAUCCGUGAGACUGACAGAGCGGAUUCCGCGCUGUACACGUGCCAUACGGAGAACAAAUACGGAACAGAUGACCGCAAGGUGAAAUUAGUCGUAAAAGACGUUCCCGGGGCUCCCCAAGAUGUCAAGGUGAAAGACAUCUGGUCGCGAUCUGUGGCGCUGCACUGGACUCCGUCGUACGACGGCAACAGCCCGAUCACGAAGUUUAUCGUGACGUACUGGAGAGAUCAGGGGUUGAACUUCCGACAGCAAGAACUGGAAGUUUCCUCGGCACAACACUUCACGUUGGUUCGAGAUCUUCAGCCAGGAACCCAUUACGUGUUGAACGUCGUUGCCGAAAAUGUGAUCGGCAAAAGCGAAGCGUCGAGAACUGUGACUUUCACGACGAACGAGGAGGAACCUGAAGCCCCUCCGAUCGAUGUCAACGCCAUUACUCAGGGUCCGACAUCUAUCCUGGUUUCCUGGAAGGCACCUGAGAAAAACUCUUGGAAUGGAGAUAUCGAAGGUUACUACAUCGGUUUCAGACCGAAGGCAUCGAAGAAAACUUCGUCUUUCCGCAAGGUCGAGCAAAAGAACAACGUGACCCAUGAAUACAUCCUGCAAGGCCUCAACAGAGGUACCGAGUAUGCAAUCACAGUGCAGGCCUACAAUCACGCUGGCUCAGGACCCAGUAGUCCACAGAGUCUAGUGAUGACUCGACCCGAAGAGGGCUCACCGGAGGUUCCCCGGCUAUUCGUAGACGCCGUCGCUAUCGACAGCAUCAAACUCCGGUGGCAGCUCCGCACCGGUGGCCAACAUCUGAAUUAUACGAUCAACCAUCGGCAAGCCGAUGGCGGAGCGUGGUUGGAACACUUGCUUAUCAACUCAACGGAGAACACCUACACCCUUGAGGCACUCCGCAGUGGAACCACCUACGAAAUCUUCCUGACCGCGAUAAAUGGCGCAAUCAAGAGCGAUCCGUCGCAAAUCCUGAAGGUUCAGACCCUUAGAUCAUCUGACAACGGCCUCGUGGAGAUUUUCGACUCCAACGAUAUGCCCCUCUACCUGAAUAUGUAUCUCGUGAUUCCCGCGGCGGCUCUGGCCCUCGCCGUGAUUGUGAUCGUCAUUUCCUCUUGUAUCUGUUGCCGACAGAUGAAGAACAUUGCCGUACCACCAAUGCCGCAAGAAAUGGCACUAUACGGUACGAUGAUGCCGCAACGCUACGUCGACGCUGCGGGAAACGAGCUGACCGUCACGUACGGCACGGUUCCCGAUCCCGCAGCCAUGGCCAUGCAGAGCGCCACGAUGGCGCCGGGAGCGAACCCAACGGGAACUUGGAGCCGGAAGGAAGCGCCGAAGAACCGGCCCCUCCCGAUUCCGACGGAGGCAACGGACAAAGCGACGGGACACUUUUACGACAGCGCCCAGUGA